UACAUCCAGCUUAUUGCAUAUAAGUGUGCCAGAGCAAGCAAUGAUUUCGAACGUAGCGAGGGACAAAAUGAUCAAUCAGAAGAUUUGAGAAUUAAAACCAAGACAACAGAUGCAAAUUACAGUGACACAUAAAAUGAAUGGACUUGAGCAGGGCACCACCAGGUUGUGUAACGUCGGCUUUCGCGACUAAUAUUAUUCACCUGAAGACGGCCGCUUGCGUUUUGGCCGAAACGUCGUGACAAUUGUAUCUCAUUAACAUAAUCUAUCUGAGUUACAGAGCCGCUCCUUGUGGGAGGGGACUGCCUGGUACCCCGCGAGUGACGUCAUGUCACCUGCUGCUGCCGCGUGACGUCACGAGGUAACGGAAAGGUGCCGCUCCGCGCGGGAACUGAAAUCUGAGCCCAAGCCCGCCUGAGCUGCUGUAACGCUCUUGUUUACAGAAGCUACCUGCCCACGACACAAGCUGUCGCUUGGUCUGAUGGAGCAAAGGCGCUCAGCACAGCUUGGGACGACAAGUCAACAAUGCGACCAGCGUGGAUACAGCACGGAUCCGACUGGAAAAUUGACACAGCACCAGAGAACACACACGGGAGAGAAACCCUUCAAGUGCAGUGUGUGUGGGAAGACGUUUGCAUGGCCAUCAGUUCUUCAGAUCCACCAGAGAACACACACGGGAGAGAAACCCUUCAAGUGCAGUGUGUGUGGGAAGGUAUUUGCACGGUCAUUUGAUCUUAAAAUACACCAGAGAACACACACGGGAGAGAAACCCUUCAAGUGCAGUGUGUGUGGGAAGGCAUUUGCACGGUCAUUUGAUCUUAAAAUACACCAGAGAACACACAUGGGAGAGAAACCCUUCAAGUGCAGUGUGUGUGAGAAGGCGUUUGCAAAGUCAUCUGCUCUUAUAAUACACCAGAGAACACACACGGGAGAGAAACCCUUCAAGUGCAGUGUGUGUGGGAAGGCGUUUGCACAGUCAUCUACUCUUGUAACACACCAGAGAACACACACGGGAGAGAAACCCUUCAAGUGCAGUGUGUGUGGGAAGGCGUUUGCACUUUCAUCUACUCUUGUAACACACCAGAGAACACACACGGGAGAGAAACCCUUCAAGUGCAGUGUGUGUGAGAAGGCGUUUGCAAAGUCAUCUGCUCUUAUAAUACACCAGAGAACACACACGGGAGAGAAACCCUUCAAGUGUACUCUGUGUGGGAAGGCAUUUUCUGUUUUAUAUCAUCUCGUAAUACACCAGAGAACACACACGGGAGAGAAACCCUUCAAGUGCAGUGUGUGUGGAAAGGCAUUUGCACAGUCAUCUUCUCUCAUAACACACCAGAGAACACACACGGGAGAGAAACCCUUCAAGUGCAGUGUGUGUGGGAAGGCGUUUGCACUUUCAUCUACUCUUGUAACACACCAGAGAACACACACGGGAGAGAAACCCUUUAAGUGCAGUGUGUGUGGGAAUGCGUUUGCAAAGUCAUUUACUCUUGUAAAACACCAGAGAACACACACAGGAGAGAAACCCUUUAAGUGCAGUGUGUGUGGGAAGGCGUUUGCAAAGUCAUUUACUCUUGUAAAACACCAGAGAACUCACACGGGAGAGAAACCCUUUAAGUGCAGUGUGUGUGGGAAGGCGUUUGCACUUUCAUCUACUCUUGUAACACACCAGAGAACACACACGGGAGAGAAACCCUUCAAGUGCAGUGUGUGUGAGAAGGCGUUUGCAAAGUCAUCUGCUCUUAUAAUACACCAGAGAACACACACGGGAGAGAAACCCUUCAAGUGUACUCUGUGUGGGAAGGCGUUUUCUGUUUUAUAUCAUCUCGUAAUACACCAGAGAACACACACAGGAGAGAAACCCUUCAAGUGCAGUGUGUGUGGGAAGGCGUUUGCACAGUCAUCUACUCUUAUAACACACCAGAGAACACACACAGGAGAGAAACCCUUUAAGUGCAGUGUGUGUGGGAAGUCGUUUGCACUUUCAUCUACUCUUGUAACACACCAGAGAACACACACAGGAGAGAAACCCUUUAAGUGCAGUGUGUGUGGGAAUGCGUUUGCAAAGUCAUUUACUCUUGUAAAACACCAGAGAACACACACAGGAGAGAAACCCUUUAAGUGCAGUGUGUGUGGGAAGGCGUUUGCAAAGUCAUUUACUCUUGUAAAACACCAGAGAACACACACGGGAGAGAAACCCUUCAAGUGCAGUGUGUGUGGAAAGGCGUUUUCAGAUUCUUCCAAUCUUCAAGUCCACCAGAGAAGACACACGCAUCAGAAGAUCCACAAGGACUGGAGUCUGAAAUCAGCUUGUGAAAGUCAAAGUGCUGCAAUGAGCCCAUCCCUCAUCAAACAAGAACCGGAAGAAUAUCCCAGCUUGGACACUUUUAAAGGUAUCAAGGUGAAAUAUGAAGAGGUGAAGGUGGGAUAUGAAGAAGUGAUGGUGAAGUGCGAAGAAGUGAAGGUAAAAUGUGAAGAUGAAGGUUCAACUCCAAAAUGGGACCUUCACAUCGAUGGUGGCAACGUGAAGCAGGAGGAGAAUUCUGACUGAGGCAGA